AUGGGCUUCACCAACGACAAGGAGGAUGGUCGUGUGGCGCACGUGGAGGAAGGGCCCCUUGAUGAGCCAGUCAAAUCCAAUGAGCUCGCGAAACAGGCAGCUCAAGAUGAACACCAACUGACACUCGCCGGCGCUCUGCGCAAGUAUCCCAAGGCUGUGAUGUGGUCAAUCCUACUUUCGACAUCUAUCAUCAUGGAGGGCUACGACAUCGUCCUUAUGUCGUCUUUCUUUGCCCAACCAGCCUUCUCCCGACGCUACGGCGACUACAUCGCCAGCAGCAACAGUUACCAGAUCAGCGCGUCCUGGCAGAACGGCCUCAGCAAUGCGGUUUCUGUGGGUACCAUUAUCGGUGCCUUCGCUAAUGGAUACUUCACCCAUCGUCUGGGCUACCGCAAGGUGUUACUCGCCAGCUUGGUCGCUAUCACAGGCUUUAUCUUCAUUCCCUUCUUCGCGCCUAGCCUGCCCGUCCUUCUGGUCGGCGAAUUCCUCUGCGCCUCGGAGAUUUGCCCUAUGGCCCUACGUGGCUAUCUCACCGUCUAUGUGAACCUAUGUUGGGCCAUCGGUCAACUUAUCUCUGCUGGAGUGCAGUCUGGAUUCUCUGGGAAUGACACACAAUGGGGAUACCGCAUCCCCUUUGCCAUCCAGUGGGCGUGGCCUAUUCCACUUUUUUUGAUCUUGUUCUUCGCACCAGAGUCUCCCUGGUAUUUUGUCAGACACGGCGAUUAUGACUCGGCUGAGAAAAGUAUGGUCCGUCUCGGCUACUCAAGCACCAGCGGCGAGGUCAAGCAAGCUCUAGCGAUGAUGAUCCACACCGACGAACUGGAGAAGCAGAUCGACCAAGGGACAAGCUACUGGGAUUGUUUCCGAGGAAUUGAUCGGCGUCGUACCGAGAUUGUCUGUCUGGUCUUUGCCGCACAACCCUUCUGUGGCUCCGCUAAGGGUGGCACCCCAACCUACUUCUUCGUUCAAGCCGGUCUGCCGACUUCGAUCUCGUUCAAAAUGUCAGUGGGUGGAUUAGGGCUCGCCUCCGUCGGCACCAUCUGCUCCUGGUAUCUCUUGCACACGUUCGGCCGUCGUACACUGUACCUAUGGGGCCUGGCCCUUCUCACCAUAGUCUUGAUGGUGGUGGGUUUCGUGUCAGUGGGUGCUGGGAAUUCUGUGUCUGGGAACUAUGCCCAAGCAACAAUGAUGCUCAUCUGGCUUCUUGUCUACUACCUCACAGUUGGACCUAUCUGCUACGCGAUCAUCAGUGAGACCUCAUCCACCCGCCUCCGAAGCAAGUCCGUGUGUCUGUCCCGAAUUACAUACUACAUCGCGCAGAUUAUCUGCAACGUAGUCAAUCCGUACAUGCUCAACCCCACUGCAGGAGACUGGAAAGGGAAGACCGGUUUCUUCUGGGCCGGUUGGGCCCUUGUGUUUUUCAUUUGGACGUACUUUCGCCUACCUGAAACGAAGGGCAAGACAUUCGAGGAGUUGGAUAUCUUAUUUGCCAGGAAGAUCUCAGCUCGGAACUUCUCCAAGUAUCGCGUUGAUGCCUACACAGAGGGCGAUCAAGCUCUUACCAAGAAAGACUGA